AUGGUUCAAUUCUCUCAAGCUCUCGCCAUCCUUUUGGCGACUGGAGUCGUUGCUCAUCCGGGUGGCAACAUUAACAAGGAGGUUCAGAGACGCCAGGCCCAUCUCGAUCACCCAUACCGCCGAAAUGUUGGGGAGUGCAAGAGGGAUCUUGUUGAGAGCGGAUGGGUCAGGGAACAGCAUAUGAGGCGCGAGGCAAGGUUACACGAACUCCGUGUCGCGGCUGGCUUCGCAAAGGAGGGAGAGCUUGUGAGGCGUGAUCCUGCUGAGGCUGAGGCGAGUUAUGGAGAGGCUGCUGCUUGCACGCUCGAUCCUGAGGCGACCGAAGGGCCAUACUGGGUCACGGGUGAGCUCAUCCGUCAGGAUCUUCUCACUGGCGAGAAGGGUGUUGUUGUGCACUUGGACAUCAACGUGAUCGAUACCACUGGUUGCAAGCCAGUUACGGAUGCCUACGUCGAGAUGUGGGGCUGCAACUCCACUGGUGUCUACACUGGUGUGCAAGCCAAAGGCAACGGUGAUGGAUCCCGAACUGCUGUCGCUACCAACGCCCUCCGAGGAGUUCAACCCACCGGCUCGAACGGAACUGCUACCUUCAUUACUCUGAUCCCAGGUCACUAUGUUGGACGAACCAACCACCUCCACACAAUCAUCCACCACGGCGCCAAGCUCCUCCCCAACAAUACCAUCCAAGGUGGCACCAUAUCUCAUGUAGGCCAAUUCUACGUUGACCAAAACAUGCUCUCCGACGUCGAAAAGACUACUCCAUACUCCACAAACAAGCAAGCCCAGACCAAGAACGCCCAAGACCAGCUCUUCAACAUGGGCAAGCAAGGCGGCGACGACCCGGUACUCCACAUCAGCCUUAUUGGCAAGACCGUUGCAGACGGCCUCUAUGCCACCAUCGACGUCGGCGUUAACCCCCGGGCUAAGCAAAACCCCCAGCCGGUCAACAUGUGGACUUCUGGAGGAGGUAUUCCAGUGCCGAAUUCGCCGUGGGCCGGAUAUCCAGAUACGUGCAAGUACUGUGGUUUCAAGCCGCCGAAGGAAAAGGAGUAGGUAUGGGUAAUGUAGAGGUAGAGGUAGAGUUUGUAUAGUGGUGAUUAGGAUGGGUGAUUGUGUGAAGUUUCUUGUACCCGCUAUUUCCGCCGCUUGUGAGGCGUUGAAAUUGUGCGUGGGCUUUGCUUUU